AUGAGCCAGUAUACGCUGGAGGAGGUUGAACGGUUCACGGAGCCGGACCCUCAGCUCAAGCCACUAUUUCAAGCCAGUGCUGACUAUGCGGAGUACCAGGCUCGAUACUUGAUGCAGGGCUUUGGGAUUCGUGCUGCCUGGGAGGCGCAGCGGCAGGUGCAGGGUGGUAGAGGUGGGAGGAAAAGUAGGGGAGGAAGAAGAGGAGAUGGAGGAAGAGGAGGUGAGGGCUCCCGUGGCGGUGGUGCAGCUAGAGGAGGAGGAGGAGCUGCUCGGGGGCUACACAGGAAGUCUGUUCGCAUGUCUGUGCAACAUGCUUCUUCCGUUGGCUCUCGAGAGGAGCGUCCAUCAAAGAGACAACGACACUCUAGUGGCACCGAGGAGGAGCCUGUUACCGUUUCAAACGAGACCGAGGAGCCUACGGACAUCGAUCUGGAGGACACCUCCGGUAGCACCAUGCCCAAAGUGACUCGCACUCAGGAGGUCGUUAGCUCUGAGGCGGAGGAAGAGGUCUUCGAGGAGGAUGAGGAGGAAGGUGAGGGCAGAGAUGAGGAUGAGGACUGA